GGGGGGAGUCGAAGUUACAGACAACAAAUACUUGGCAGUGCUAAAGAAUGGCAGUGGAACAGUUCUUUGUGGCUGCGCUGAUGUUGUCUGCACACCUAGCAUUCUCAUAUCCUCUGACUACAGAGACAUAUUACAUGGAUGCAGGGAGACAGUGCAGACUGUGUCCGCCAGGUCAUUAUCAGAGGUCCUGUUCAGAGUGCUCUCCCUGUCGUGAUGGUUCCUACACAACACGAUUGAACGCUGAGUCCAGUUGUCAUUCCUGCUUCAAAGACUGCAAACGUGAUUUGCACCUGGUGGAGGUUGAGCCGUGCACUUCUGUAUCGAACGCUAGAUGUCGCUGUGAGGCUGGUUUUACCUGCACCGACCAAGACGGCCAGACAGGAAAUUGUAGAGACUGUGAGAUGAUCCCUCAGCUGCUGCCACCUAGCAAUGUAGUGGGCAUCAGAAACAACCAGACAGGAACUUCCUCUGAACACAGCAGGACUUCCUCUUCCGCUGGACGCUGUCAACCUCCCCACUGUGACACUCCAGGAUCACCAGUCUCACAAGCAGGCAACGCCACACAUCACACAACAGCUGACACCAGCAAACACCUGGCAGCCAUUUUGUGUCCUAUGGUGGUCAUUGGAAUCCUAGCCGUUAUCAUUCUGUUAUGUAUCCGUCGCCCAGGAGAUGAAGCCUGUUUCAAACAAGCUCUCAAGUUCUGUAACAAGGGAGUAAGAGAAGCGUCGCCUAACAAGACCAAAGAGCCAACUGUUAAGCACCAGACAGUGGACCCACCACCCCUUACAGCAGCAAAUAUGGGCCCGGUCCAUGUCCACAAUGCUGGAACAGUCAUCUUCAGUUUACUCAACCAGUUCACUGGUAUGGGUGGAGGGACGGAAGAGAGAGGGCAGAAAGAGAGGGAUGAGGAAGGAGAAGGAUGUCCGGCCCACCCCACACCCUCCCCUAACAUCCAUCUAUCCCAGGAGGAGAGGAAUGGAGAGAUGGACUGUGUAUUCUUCCCUUCACAGGAACAAGGGAAGGACAGUCACAUUUCCAAAGAGGAGGUGCUAUGAGGGGAGGGGGAUUGAGAUCAGAGGACACUCCAAGUGAAAGCUUCCCUUCUAGGAUCAGUUUAGCCAACCCUACAUCCUAAUGUUAAUCAUAAGGAGGAUUAAGACUGGUCUGACCCUGGAUCAGUGGUAAGGGACAACAUCUACCUGGGGCUCUAUUCAAUCUGUAUCACUGAAGCGUUACAGAUUGAGCUAUAGGAAUGUAAAGGUAAGGUCAUUUCUGAUUGAGCCGACAUAUACAGCGUUUACCGUGAAUGCAGUCUCCCCUAACGCGGGAACAUUGCCUUUACAUUUCCAUCAAGCUGUAACGCUGAACUUCUGCGAUACGGAUUUAAUAGAGCCCUUACUCUCAGAAGAACACAGGUGAAUCCCAAAACUCUAGAAUGUACAUUAUUUUCUGUCCUAGACCUAGAUAGAGUUAGAUAUCUCACCAUGGUGGUCAUGCUCACAUGCACUUGCUCUCCUGUUAUUGUACUGUAUAAUAAUCUUUCAGUCUCAACUGUUGCUACCUGUUUUUCUCUGUGUUCAUGAGGCACGUUGAACUGUUUUUGCACAAAUUAAAAGCAAAUGUUUCUAUUAA